UGUCACAAGUUUUUUCAAAAUUAUUUUAUUUCACCCCCAGAGUUAUAAUAUGAAUACCAGUUAUGUUUAUAUUUCAUUUAAUGUUAUUCUAAUCAUAUUAAACGUUUCUUUGAUCAAUGUUUAAAAGAGUGGGCAAUUUUGUUUUUACAUCAUUUAAAUAUUUCUGUGUUUUUCACUGUAUAACAGAACAUGUAGGGGUGUUUCAAGUAAUAUUUUAAUUCAACUGUUAUUUAUUAGGUAUUUAUUAUAUUUUAGUUCAAAUAUUUUAGUGUUUGGGUGAUUCAAUGGAGCCAUCCAUACAGUCGGGUGACUUAGUAUUUAUUCAGCGAUUCUCAAAAUUGUUUAACAGUAUCAAUAACGGAGACCUGGUUAUUGCAAAAUCACCUUUGGAUGAUAAACUCUUCAUUUUAAAGAGAGUGAAAGCUCUUGAUGGACAAUCGGUUAGAAGAGGCAUCAAUUAUCAAAGGGUUUGUUUUGUUUUUUUUAAUUUUAACAUAAAAAUGUUAUACUUUGAUUAUUGUAGAUACAUUCUUCUAGCCGUUUAAAUGUUUGAUUAAGACCUAAGUUAAAUACUUUUAAAAAGAGUAUAGAAACUUAACUAAUAAACAUGUUAUUUAUUUUUGUUUAUAAAAAAUUUAAAUAUCUAGUUAUUUGGAAAUUGACUAUUCAUGAUUGAACUUUGAACCCAUAGUAUAAAGUAUAAUAGACCUAAUAAAUAUACUCUCAUUUAGACUUAUUUUUAGUUGAAUUUUUUUUGUUAUAUUUGUGUGUUAUCUAAUCAUAUUUAACCAUAGACAUAUUAACAUAUUAGUAAUGAACAAAUGGCUAAUGAGUACAAUCUGCCGUUCCCUCUCAUACAUUUUUUUAAAUGUUUUCCUCGCCACCUCACACACAAUAAUAAUAUAAUAUUAUCGAAUAAUGGUAAUAGUUUACUAAAUAUUUCCUUUUCUUAUAAGUAAAAUGUUCUGCCGCUAGCUAAAGUUAUGGAUCCUAACUGUUAUUCUUAAAUUGUUGGUUGUUGUGGUCCCUAAGGAUCCACAGUACUCGUGUUAGAAGUCCAUAGUUCCAUGAAUACAUAACAAACAAGUACAAUAAUGUAACCGUUGGAUAUAAAUUUGAUUUUAUAUUUUUAUUUUAUACUAUUCUUCCAUUUCCACAACUUUUCAAUGUAAAAAUCCUUCAGUUUUAUUUUAAUAUUAGUUCUGAUUAUAAAUUAUAACACACAUUCAUGUAGUACAUAAAUAUUAGGACUUAUGUUUUUAUACGGCUAUAGUAUAUAUUAUUUAAGAACCCUAAUAAUUUCAAUUAUUCAAAUUAAUUUUAUUGAAAUAAAUAAUUGAAUGUACUAACUUGAGGUAUAAGAUCAGAAAAAUUUCCCUCUCUGUGUUCUCAAAAAAUCAAACAUUAUCUCUCUUUAAUCACCAACCACAGAGAUUUUGCUUAUUAAUGUAUUUUAAUUUAAUUCAUAAUAAUAAUUAAAAUUUAAAAUAGAAAUAUUUUAUUUUAUCAUGCACAUUUUUUUUUCAAAUAAUUAAUAUAAAUAUAAGUUAACAUUUCUCUUUACAUAUAAAAUAAUAUCCAGGUCUUUUAAAACUUCUUAUUAUAAGUUAUCUUAAACUUCCUACUACCUAAUAAUUUUUAAUUGCGUGAUGAUAAUGCACACAUCAAAUAUUACUUUAAGCAAUUAUUUUUGGUUGCAAUUAUUAGAUGAAUCAUUGUUAUUAAAAUAAAGAUGUAACUUUAAUGUUGUAUAAAAGAUACAAUGUCUUGUAUUUAAAAUAUCAUUUAGAUAAUACAUUUGAUUUUAGAUAUUUCAAAAGUAAUAACAACAUUAAAUUUGAAUAUUACUAUCACUAAAAUUAAAUUUUAAUUUAAUCAAUAAUAAUUGUGAAUUUUAUACACCUACUAACUAGUAUUUUAUUUUAUUUUAAGGUUCCAAGAGGUUCAGUAUGGUUGGAAGGUGACAAUUUUAAGGUUUCAGAAGAUUCAUGGACUUUCGGUCCUGUACCUAAAGGAUUAAUAUAUGGUCGAGUUGUAUGUCGAAUUUGGCCUUUAUCAAAUUUCUCUUUAAAAUUUUGAUAACCACUAAUUAUUAUACAAUUUGAAUAAGAAAAUUAAAGAUUGGGAUAAAUUAUCAUUUUAUUUGUAGCAUACAAGAGACUGUUUAAAUAAUAAUACACUAAUUGUAUAAAUAAAAAUAUUUUAGCUA